UAAAAUCAUGCAACAAAUAGAUAGUUCGAGGAUGGUAUCAACCAUGUUGUUUCUGAAACUACCCUUUCCUGUAUACGUGCUGGAAGGAGAGACCCACUGUCAAUCAUUACUUUCAGAAUCGUCAACAGAUAACAACAGACCUAAAGGCCAUCGAACAUUCUCGCUCACCGUGAAAAAUGUGUGAUAGAGGCGAGAUGAUAAGAAAACGAUAGAGUGCUCUCAAGCUUCUUUUUCAACAGAUUGAGCAUCCGAUUCUUGCUCCUUUGUGUUUUCGGGGUGCUGCUCUUCGACGACAACUCCUUCUUCCUUGUCCUUCUCAGAGAUUCCUUCGUCGGUAGCAGGUCCCGAGUAUUUCUCUAGUUCCAUCUUGGCUUCGGCGUUUUGAGGCAAUGCAAGCGGGGCAUAGAGAUUCGGAAAAACAAGGCCGCCCGCGAAAAGGACUAGAGUAAAUGCGACGACCAAAAUUCCCAAAACUUGGUAUGGAAGGUUUGCGUACCCUCCAUAAUUUCCAAGCAGGGCUUCGCCUUCAUUGGUCUCGGAUGUAGCCAGAUUGAUAAAUAGAAUAAUCAGAAGAUGGGGGAUGAAGUGCUUCAUCAAUACGCACCAAAGGAAGGGGACCCAUCCAAUAACUUCCUGCAUUCGGUCGCGGAGGGAGAGAAUGUUACCAAAGUAGACAUCCCACCAAAGGCUCUUCAUCGUCCACUUGCCUUCCGUGUCGUUUGCAAGCACCUUCGUAAUGUAGAAAUGGGUGACUCCCACAAAGGUAAAGUACCAACCGAAGAAACCAACAAAACCGGCCCAGACGGCGACCGCGGGAUCGAGAGAGAACCACAAGAUGCAACCAAGCACAACAGCACCAAAAUUGGCCGUCCAGAACGAAUACACCACGGCAGGAGUUUGGCGUUCAAGUUGUCCGGGAAAAUCGUAUGCCCAUGCACUUCCAAAGGCUUCGAAGAAUCCGACCAAGAUCAUAACAAAGUUGAUAUAGAAGUCGAUCACGUCCAAGAAGGAUAGGCCGGCAUCGGUACAGUACAUCAAAGAGAACAAGAAUCCAAUGAUUGAUACACCUGCUGCAAUCCAGAAGCGGGGAACCUUUUCGAAAAAGACUGUUUGCAGUUGCCGUCAUGGUAUCAGAUACGUAAUGUUGAAAAAGAAAGAUUAUCAACUGUUAGAUAAAGACAUCGAAGAAAAGUACCCAAACACAUAUCAAGGUUUCAUCCAUAUUACGAUUGCAAUCGUUUCACGGGUGAUUCUCAUUACGUACUGGUAUCUUGCAAGACAGUAAUGAAGGCUUCCAUAAAGGCAAAGGCAGAAUCAAUUCCCAGCAAGAACAAAUUGAAAAAGAUCAAACGGACCCAGUGGAUGCCCCCUGGCAACGUGUUGAAAACGACUGGCCAAGUGCCAAACACGAGGCCAAACCCCGAAUAUUCCAGGUCAGUGGGUUGCUUGUUUUCCAAAAAGGCAAGGUGUCCAAGAGCGGCAAAGACAGCAAAACCAGAAAUAAAGGAAAACAAAGAGUUUGCCAGACUCACGACGGUAGCAUUGGCUGCAGCGGGUUCCGAGCGAGGGCAGUGACUUCCAAAGGCUGUCAGGAUACCAAACGUCAAUCCAAUCGAGAAGAAAAUCUGGCUACAGGCCACGCUCCAAACUUCUCCCUGGCUGGUCAAAACCGAAACGUCCCAGAUUCCAAUGUACUCCUUGACACCAUCGGAGGCUCCCUCCAGCGUCAGAGCCUUGCCGAGGAAGACAAAAAGAAGAAUAACUGGAAGUCCCAUGGUGAUGUAGGCAAUGCGUCCCGUCCACUUGACACCCCAGGCGACGCACAAAAAGAUUAUGAACCAGGAUAGAAAAGCGAAGCCAACGUUGCGUCCGACCAAACGGGUGGGGUGACCGCUGUCCGUUACCGUUGACAUUCCGAUGAUCUCCUGGAAAAAGUAGUCGGUGGCUUCUUUGCCAGACAACCCGGGGUUUCCCCAGGGCGCAUCUUCAUCCCACGAGGAAAAAAAAGCGUUCGCUACCCACGCAAUCAAGACGACGUAGUAGGUGUCGAGCAUGAAUCCGCAUCCAACAGAAGCAAGCCUGAUCGUACAUUCAACAAACGAAUGAAUGAACGAGCAAGAAGAGUGGUGAGAAACCAUAGAGAAGGGCAAAUCCCGAGACAAUUGUUUUUGGACCACGCGUCUUACCCAACUCCUCUCAAUCGAGGAUGGAAUGUUCCAAAGACUCCAAUGUCACCGGUUUGAAAGUACUGUCCAAAUCCAAUUUCCAGGAUGGCAAGAGGGAUUCCCAACAAGAAAAGGGCCAUGACGUAGGGGAUGAAGAAAGCACCCCCCCCGUAUUUGACGGCAAGACCGGGGAAUCUCCAUACAUUUCCAAAUCCUACGGCUGCGCCGAUGGUGGCCAUGUAAAAGGCGAGGCGAGAAGACCAUUCUCCGCGCUCUUCGGGUUUGUCGAGCUUCAGGGCGAAGCGUCCCUCCUUGGUGACUUCGUUCGUACCAGCCGGUGUAGCUGUGUCUUCUGGUGGUGCAGAAUCCGACAUGUUGGUGCCUUGUUUAUGACUUGUUUCUGAUGAUUAUUGACGGAUCAAUAGAGAAGAUUUAUUUUG